AUUAGAUUUGGUCCAGCACCAGUKCAGGARCGACUCAGCUGCAUGGCCAGAAAUAACUCCAUCUAUGUGGUUGCAAAUAUCGGGGACAAGAAGCCGUGUAACUCCAGUGACCCCGAGUGCCCCAGUGACGGUCGCUACCAGUACAAUACGGAUGUCGUCUUUGACCCAGAGGGGAAACUGGUGGCUCGUUACCACAAGUACAAUCUGUUUAGAAGUGAAACUCAGUUUAAUUAUCCAAAAGAGGCAGAAGUCGUCACCUUUGAGACUCCUUUUGGGAAGUUUGGCAUUUUCACUUGCUUCGACAUCCUUUUCUAUGASCCUGCYGUGGUCCUGGUGAGCAAGAUGCAGGUGGACACCGUGCUCUUCCCAACAGCUUGGAUGAAUGUYCUGCCCUUUCUGACUGCAGUUGAGUUUCACUCUGCCUGGGCUAUGGGCAUGGGUGUUAAUUUACUUUCAGCAAAUACUCACAACACCASCAUGGCAAUGACAGGCAGUGGGCUGUUCACACCAGAGGGACCUGCUGCCUACCACUACGACAGUGGCACUGAGGAGGGACGUCUGCUGCUGGCAGAGUUGAGAUCACACCCCCGUCUUUCCCCCACCUACCCUCCUGCCAUCGACUGGAGUUUGUAUGCCACAAGCAUCAACAAAUUUCCAGGAGAAAAUGGCACUUUCUCGGGAGCUGUCCGGAAGGAUAUAUUCACUUUCAGUGAACUGAGGCACAAGGCUGGAAAUUACACUGUUUGCCAAGGAGACCUUUGCUGUCACCUCGUCUACCAGAUGUCAAACAAGAGGAAAGAUGAAGUYUAUGUCCUGGGUGCAUUUGAUGGGCUUCACGGUUCUGUCAUAAAAUACCAUUGGCAGGUCUGCACGCUGCUCAAGUGCCUGAGCACAAACCUGAGCUCRUGUGGGCAGCCCGUGGAGACGGCUCAGACCAAGUUUGAGAUGUUCUCCCUCAGYGGCACRUUUGGCACCAGCUACGUGUUCCCAGAAGUGCUGUACAGUGGGGUGCAGCUGGCCCCUGGGGAGUUUGAGGUGCUACCUGAUGGGUGUUUGAAAAGCAAGCAUGGCACUUCAAAACCACUCAUAACAGUGACACUUUUUGGAAGGCUUUAUGAGAAGGACCUGCCACAUCCUCGGAGAGCUUCCCCAUAAUGUAACUCCUUAGRAGGAGUUACCCAGUCACCACAGACAGGAGGGGAAUUUCCUCCUGAGCCUUAGCAGUUACUUUCUGUAUGAUUCCUGGCCUGCAAUAUUGUCCUUCUGCUCAGCARCUGUGGCACUUGGGCUUACUUUGGAGAAAGUGAUGUGAUCACUCUGCUUUGCAUGCCUUUCUUGAGCCUGUGUGAUUGUGUUUUAGUAUGUAUGCUCUGUCACGUGAAACUUUUAAUUAGAAGUUUUGUUUCCCCCAAGAUAUCAUAUAGGUUGCUAGGAUAACAGUAGAAAGAAGAUUGAUACUGAAAUGUAUGAAAUGCAGCUUGUCAUUUUAUUGCAGAAUAAAUUCUCUCCAAGGAAGCCUUUGUCCAUUUUGCCCCUUCCUGUUCUUCAUAUAUAUAAUCAUUAAAUGCCUGUGUUUUCCGGACUUACACACCAAUCAACAAGACCUCCCUAAU